AUGACUGCAGAAAUGGCAGCACACCCUGGAGCCAGGGAGCAACUUCCACGCUGUGGCGAGCUGAUGGCCAGCAACUGUGCCCUGAGCGUGGGCAGACACUCACGCACCCCUCCAGAACAUGAGAGGUGGUGGGAAAGGGUCUCGCCCUUCCUCGUGGCCUCUCAUACCCUCGGGUUCCCGGGAGGCCACAGGACGUUCGUGGUGAUCUUUGGAGGCAGAAUGAACAGGACACUCACGUCGCAAAAACACGAGCAACUUCCCAAAGAAUCGCAGGCAUCUCACUUCGCAGGUCUUGCUUUCCGCGUCACCAAGAUCAUCACAGCAAGUGGAAAAGAACUCCCUCAUGCUCCCACCACCUCUGCCCACCUCCCCCAUGUCAACGUCUGUGAGCCCGAGCCCAGCCUGCUCCCUGUCACUGUUCCUAAGAGUGAGGCUGGAGAGGCCACCAAAAUAGCCAUAGAUGUUGGUUACCACCAUAUUGAUUCUUCUCAUGCAUACCAUGAAGAGGAAGUAAGCCUUGCCAUCCGAAGCAAGAUUGCAGAUGGCACUGUGAAGAGAGAAGAUGUAUUCUACACUUCAAAGCUUUGGUGCACUUUCUUUCGACCAGAGCUGGUUCGAAUCGGCUUGGAGCAAUCACUGAAAAAACUUCAACUGGACUAUGUUGAUCUCUACCUUACGCAUUUCCCAGUAGCUAUGAAGCCUGGGAAGGAGCUAUACCCAAAAGAUGAACAAGGAAAAAUAACACAUGACAUAGUGGAUCUCUGUGCCACUUGGGAGGCCAUGGAAAAGUGCAGGGAUGCAGGACUGGCCAAGUCCAUCGGGGUGUCCAACUUCAACCACAGGCAGUCGGAGAUGAUUCUGAACAAGCCAGGGCUCAAGUACAAGCCUGUCUGCAGCCAGGGUGGAGCAGAGCUACCCAGUUCUCCUGGAAGACCCAGUCAUCAGUGCCCUGGCCAAAAAGCACAAGCGAAGUCCAGCCCUGAUUGCCCUUCGCUACCAGCUGCAGCGUGGGGUUGUGGCCCUGGCCAAGAGUUUCAUAGCGAAGGAGAUCAAAGAGAACAUUCAGGUGUUUGAAUUUCAGUUGUCUUCAGAGGACAUGAAAGCUCUGGAUGGCCCGAACAAAAAUCUUCACUAUUAUCCAGCUGAUAUUGUGGCUGAACACCCAAAUUACCCAUUUUCUGAUGAAUAUUAACGUGGAG